UACUUGUGCAUUAUUUUUUGUGAUAAUUUUGCUUUGUAUGGAAAACCGAGUCUGCAAAAUUAMAUUUUGUCUSGAAAUUAAGACCAAGUAGGACUGAAAAACAAAGGAGGGUUGAGAAGAAAAUAUUUCAGCUGGCAUCUGUUCUGGAUUUCCGUUUAGCUGAAUAAAUCAUUACGUCUGCGGUUAAUCAGCCAAACAUUUUCUCAGUGAUGAUGAGAAUCUCCACCUGAGCAGCUCAGAGGACGCAGACAUGUUCCCUCUCCUCUCCUCUUUUCGGCUGAAGUCCUCUUGGUGACGCUCUGCUGACAUCACUCGGAUGUUCCCCACUCAGCUCUGCGCAUCAAACCCACGGAGCUCCUGCGACUCUCUCACACUCCGUCCACACUUUGUUCUCCGCCUGCUGCUCUCAUCGCUAUCCGCCAGACACGCACCCGCCGCGGGCUACCUGUGCGCACUGCGGCCGGGCCACACGGGGGAGGGGUCGCGCUCCUGCCUGUCGUUAAGACUCUGAGAGGAUCUGCGCUCGGUCCGGAAUCGGGAGGAGGACGCGCUGAGCUGCGGGAGGAAAGGAGGAGGAGAGAGAGAAGUUGACUAGUUUGAAAGCAGGCGAUCUGAACUGAGUUKUAAGUUUGUGAGCGGGCUGCCGGAGGAAUAACUCGGAGUCCGGUCUUGGCACACCUCGGUGUUCUGGAUUUUUACCGCCAGUGCAGAAGAAUGGCGAGAGAUUACGCAGCGCGCUGCCCGCGCUCUCCGGGGCGGAACGCCUGGAUGGUGGCAACGCUGAUCAUUCUGGCUGCUCAAGGUGUCGUUGCUCAGAAAGUGCGAGUGGAGGAAGAGUUGGAGGCGUAUCCCACAGAAUCCGUCGAUCUGCGCUGUGAAUUCGUCGAUGGAGGGAGUUUAACCAAGCUCACACAGGUAUCGUGGAUAUGGGAACCUGUCGAUGGCCAGAGGGACAACAUUGCCGUGUACCACCCCACCUAUGGGCAGAGUUUUCCCAACGUGGCCUUUAGGGAUCGAGUUAUUUUUCUCCAAAACAACCUGAGGAUCCCGUCCAUAAGGAUUAAAGACCUGCGCAUGUCCGAUGCCGGACGGUACACCUGCGAGUACGCUACGUACCCGUCUGGAAACGAGCAGGGAACCACCACGCUCAUAAUGCUCGCCAAGCCCAAGAACUCGGCCAAAGCCGUGACGGUCCAGGCUGGCAGCAAGUCGGUGAUGGUGGCCCACUGCGAGGCGGCGGACGGGAAACCGGCCGCCACCAUCAAGUGGCUGGCGUCGGUCGGCGGCAACCACUCAACCAGCUCCACAAACGGGCCGGACGGCACGGUGACGGUUCGGAGCGAGUACAGGCUGGUCCCGACGGCGGAGGACAACGGCAGAGAGGUGACCUGUCUGGUCGACCAGAAGACCCAGGACCGGCCGUGGACCGAGGUUCUGAAGCUCUCAGUGGAGUACCCUCCGACCGUCACCAUCGACGGUUACGACCACAACUGGUAUGUUGGUCGCUCUGACGCAGUUCUGUUCUGCCAUGCCACGGCCAACCCCGAGCCCACCACCAUCACCUGGACAACGGCUUCGGGCUCGCUGCCGGACACGGUGGUGGUGGAGCAAAACAAGCUGACGGUGAGGAAGGUGGACGACGCCGUCAACACCACCUUCACCUGCGAGGUCAAGAACAAGCACGGCGCCAGCAGGAAAACGCUCACCACGUUCGUCAUCGAAGCCUUGGAGGAUCCGUCCAGUGCCGGCGCAGUGGCGGGCGCGGUCAUCGGCUCCCUCCUGGCCCUCCUAUUGGUCGUGACUCUCGUUGUUGUCCUCCUGACCCGCAGCCGCCGCCAACAGAGGCGGGGCUUCCCCAGCAGCGGGGACUCCGUGGCGGCGGGCAACGAAGGCAGCAACGGUUCCGACUACGGCAACAAAGCCCGCCUGCUAUUCGCCGGCUCCGGAAACGGCAGCAAGAACGGAACCGGGGCGAACAACAACGGGCCGGUGUACACGUACCGGGAGGGCUGCGACGCCACCGGGACCCUGACAGAGAAACCCAACAGCUACCACCACCACCUCCACCACGCCCCAGCCGGAACCCGGCCGACCCCCCAUGACAUCCUCCUCUGCGGUGAGAUGGAUGAAGCCGAGAGGAGGAAGUUCAACCUGGAUGACAGCAUCGAGGAGGAAGACGAGCGAUACAAUCGAUUUGGAGGCGGCGGGAACGCGCUGCCUCCGGCGUAUCAUGCCCACAGAGGUCAUGGGGGCGAAGCAGAAAUGGAUGUGUACCUCGACGACGACAUGGAGUCCCAGAGGGACGGCUCUGUCAUCUCCCGGACUGCCAUUUAUGUCUGAGGAUGUGGAGAGGAGAAGAAGGGCCUGGAAAUCAGAGGAUGAGAUGGAGGAAGUGAGGGAGUUAAAGCAACUUCCUGUUCAGCACUAAAAUUCAAAUCGCCUCCAUUAGCUCGACACCUACCUGCUUAAACUCCAACCUGACUGCAGAGUUGCCAUCAGUAAUUUCCUCUAUGCUUCACAGUUCCUGUAUAUCACUACCCAAGAGGACUACGAGAACAAUAAAAACAGAAAGAAGUUGUUGUGAUGCUUGUGAGGCGCUGUGCGCUGUGGCUCAGUUUGUGACCGUGUUGAACUGUAACCAGGGGAGACUUGAUUCAGUGUAAGUCAGAAACCUCAGCGGAUUCUUGACGCUACGCUGCUUAUCGCUUCGUUCUUCUCGCUUCAGCUUCGCUGUGUGAUCAUGUGCAGAGUGACUCCAGUGUUUGUACCGUAAACAUUACCAGAAAUCUCAACUAGAGACAUAACAACCGUCACAAAAUCACCCAGAUUGAUGUGAGAUGUUCAUCAACUUGUUAACAGCUUCUGUGGAUGUUGCUGUUGCUCUUGUGACGAAACCUGAACCUGAAUUUAUAUAAAAAAAUAAAAAAAACUCUGAAAGACUAAACUUGUCGUCCUGGCAACAGUGAGAGACUCCUUCUUAAUCGCCGAACGCUGGCUCUGCUGGGGGCUCGCUCCCCGCGACACCACCUGGUCUCCCGAUGGGAGCCGCUGAAGUGCGGGGCCCCAUGCUGACUUACCAGUGUGUGCUAAUGUGUGGCUGGCUGUGGUGUUAAUGAUGUGCAUCAUCCGUAUAUUGGGCGGUGUGUCACUGUAGCACAGUUGUUGCUGUUGUUGUUGUAGAUGUUGUUGUUGUUGUUGUUGCUCUUGUGUAAUGGUGUUGAUCUUACUUGGGAAAAGAUGCACCGAGAGCCUUGGGGGGUUUCACAAAGUUUCACGUCGAGUCUGUAAUGACUCAUUAAAUGAAUAAAAAAGUUGCUUUUCUUUGUUUCCAACUCUUCUUCCUUUUUGUUUUACCUUCUUUACUUUCUUCCCACUUGUUUCCUUCCUUAGAGGACUGCUCAGUUGUUUUAUGCUCCAGUUUUAUGUAAUAACAGUCAUAUUUGUUCUGUUUCGGCUCCAUGUGUCGAGUGACAUAUCCGCCAACGUUGUUGGAGGUUAUUGGAUGUCAUUUAUCACUUUUUCAGGGCCUUUUGAAUGUUUUAGGGUCUUUUUCUGAUUAUUAAAUAUUCAAGAUGCAUUUAUGAAUAUUAAAGAAAAGAAAAUCUAACAAUUUCUCACUUACACAAUGUAUGUUAGCAUAUAUUUAGAAAUAUUAAAGAUGUAAUCUUACCGAAGGAUUCCAGUGCAGUAAUGAGCCACAACUCCAAGUUUAGAUCGGAAAACUUUUUUUGGUGACAUUCGGCACACAAUCACCGGCCUCUUUAUUAGUAACACCUAUUCAGUCGCUCAUUAAGACAGGAAGCAAAUCUAAUAAAGUGGACAGUAAUUUGUUCUUCAGGAUGCACUGGAGAUGUGAUAAUUCAAUAUUAAUCUGAAAAAAGUAGUUCAGGUAAAACCUGAAAGGCUAAAGAGCUUUAAUUAGCUUAUAACUGCUAGUCUCAGGUGCAAUAUGAUGCAUAAAAUACAGAUUUAAUAAAUAUCCUAUACGGUUUAAGUGCAGUUUUAGAUUAGAUCUUCUUCUAAGAUUACAAAUGUAUGUUUUGAAAGUCAGGAAAGAGAAGCUUGAAAUGAUUUGUGGCAAAUCUGGAACAAUAAAAUCUCAAUUUAUUUCUUAAUAGUCAGAAUCAGAUUUUUUUUUCUUUUUUAUUUGUGACAUUUUCUGACUAACAAACGUUGAAAUGUUUUAAGACACAAGCUCUGCAGCUCUGAUCGUUUUCCAGAGAUGAAGCUUCGUGUUUUCCAGUCUUUGUGUUUCAGGCGUAUUUGAAAUGUUUUCCAGCCAGUUUCCUGUUUCUCUUGAGAAAUUACAAGUUGAAUGUAGCAGUAAAUAAAGCACAGCGAUUUAUGUGAGAAACAUAAUGCAGUAAGUCAAGACCAGAGUCUCCGGAGAUCAGGUGUAAAUAAAACAUUUCAUUUGAGAAAACAUUUUAAUUAACAGCUUGUGUGAAUCAUUUUUAUGCCACGGUGAGGCGACCCAUCCAGGAAAACCAUCACAAGACAGAAAGAAGAACGUAGACUGGCUUACACACGGAGGGAAGGUCACAACUGGAACAUUUCAAGCCACAGAAAACUCAUUAACUGCUCAGAAAAAUAGAAAAUAUCAAGCAGAAAGCCUGUUGUAAACAAAAAUAGGAUUCACAACUUUUAUUAAAUGAACACUGGCAGAGGCAAAUUUGGUUAAAUUAAGAUUUAAAAAGGCAUUAAGUAUUUUAGAUACACCACACAGUGUGAACUACACUCAAAAUGAGGCGGUGCUCACUUUAUUCAAGGUCAGCGCCGUUUUUAACUCGGCACAGGAGAAUCCAUCGACGCUGCCGUUAAAACUAAAAAUGAUCUGAACACAAACUCUGUUUAUUACAAGUUGUUUGUUGCAAUUAACAAAACUGUGAAAUAAAGGGUUUCCAAAACUCAACGUUACAUGAAUUACAAAAUAAUACUUAAGCAAGUUAGACAUCUUUUCCAACUUCAGUAGCUUUUUGACAAAACUGUUGAUAUCCCUUUUUCCAAGCUUAAUCGUGUUUAACGUCCACCUCUGAUGGAGAACAUGACCAUGAAUAAGGUUUUAACUCUCCAAACAAACUGCAGCGAGGCGUCAAAUUUUAUUACAAUAUCUAAUGUACCGUCAUAAAAACGAUAAACGUGAUGACAUAAAAAUAUUUCCAGCUUCUUCUUUUUGGUACGUCAGUGAGUGUAUGAAACAAUCAAAGCCAGACGAACACAAAUACUACUCUAAAAACAUUUCAAACAGGCAUCUUAAGGACACCAAAUGCAUAAAGUAUUGUGAUUGUUAUCACUGAUCUGUACUCAGUGUUUGGAAAUGCAGUGGAGCCACGACUACUUAUGGAAAAGCCAUUUAUUUUUCUAGGUGCUGAUUGGCUCAAUAACAGAAAUAAAGAAAACAAUCAAUGUUAGGUUCUGAGCUCCACUGUGUUUAUUAAUGCAUAUUAAAUUAUGUUUGGUUAGAAGCAUUUUUAGAGGAGAUCUAAAGUAUUUUCUAUCCCUUUUCCCUGAUUAUCAGCUAUACUCACAUUUUCCAACAUGUUGAUGCUCUCUUAUAACAAAAUGUGUAGAAAUUGGUCAAUAUAACAGUUCCACCAAUGCAGUUUUUGAGUUUUUAAAUAUUAUUGUCACACUGAAUCAAGAUGAUAAUGAUAGGAAACGUUCCACAGUAAAGAUGAACGAUCGUCCUGCCUGCUUUAGCACUUAAUGCAUAAUGAUGUCUGAAUUCCUCAUUUAGACCAGAAGAGUUUUGUUUCUCAGAACAAAAGUGUUUAAACAUCCGUUACAAUGAACUAAGUUUCAAAUUUACAGCCUAGAUUUCAAAUAUAAGACUUAAUAACUUUCUAAGACCCUGCAGAAGCUCUGCACUUAAAACGGUUUUUCAUUUGUUUCAUCAGUUUCAACAUAAAGAAUAACAGAAAAAAGGGAAUUUCUAAUGAAUGUCUUGAUCUCUCCCUUUUUAUAUUCUCAUGAUCCAGUGUACUGUGAAAGAAAAAAGUAUUGUCGACACACUAUAGCUGUUAUUCCUCAACAUGAACUGUAACUACUGUCGUGUGGGUUGGAAAUCUGCAGUUUUGCCAUUAAAUCAAAAGCUGAAAUGUUUGGAUUUUAUAUUGAUUUUUUUUUGUUCUACAGGAAAGCUGGUUCAGCUCUUCCACCGCUGAGCAGUUCCCUUGUUGCUGAUUGAUGUUGGACAUACUGUGCAAUCUGUUGUUCUGUAAAUGAGACAGUUGUAUCUGCUUUCUUACUAAAUAUUUCAGUGGAGACUCUGCGUACAGCCGCAUCAUUUGUCUGCACAAGCUGCCAAUUCUGUUGAAAUAACUUGCAGACAGCCGUAGUGUAACUGCAGUUCUUACACAUGUCGUGUUUAUUGUUUCCCUACAGAAAAAAUGGGAUGUGGGGUUUUAUUUAGGACUCUGUUGGUGCAUCCAUGCUCCAAGAAUCACAUUUUUCCAGCAACUAUAUGAUAUCUGUCUGAGUGUAAAUUGAGAGAGUCAGUUAUUUAUGUUUUGUUUACAGUGCUGUAUUAUAUUUAAAUGGAGAUAUUUUUGGUAGGCGUAUGGGUGUAUGUGACUAUAUCCAGCUUCUGGUCUCAGCGUUUUGUUUCUCCAGGGAUUUCUGAAGGUAACUUUAAACUGGAAACGCAAAUUUGGUGCCUAAUUAUUCCCAGAGUCUUGUAGCGUGGAUGCACCCUCUGCGAGAAAAAUCUUCAUCGGUCAUAACUUUUUGUUUCAGCACAACCCAGUUUCAAUAAAAGAAAAGCAUUUCAAAAAGA